UAUUUAUAGUGUCUGAGCUCUGAACAAAUUGUAUCUCUGUCUUUCUUUCUAACAAAAAAUGGAAGCAAUGACCAAACUGUUCUCCUUUAUCUUCUUCCUUCUCACUCUUCUUUCUCUCUCCACCGCCAUCUCCGAUUUCCAAACCCUAAUUCCCACCUCUCUUCCUUCCUCACCUUCCUUCUUACCCUCCGAUUCUGAGUCUUUCAUCUCCUCCGACACCACCGAAUCGGACCUCGGCUUAACACUGCACCUCCACCAUUUGGACGCUCUGUCUCUCAACCGAACGCCGGAGGAGCUCUUCCACCUCCGCCUUCAAAGGGAUGCUCUCCGAGUCAAGAAGCUGAGUUCACUCCAUGAUUCAUCUCAAAAUGUGAGCCAAACCAGUGGGACCGGGUUCAGUAGCUCCGUCAUCUCGGGACUCGCUCAGGGCAGCGGCGAGUACUUCACGCGCAUCGGCGUCGGCACGCCACCCAAGUAUGUUUACAUGGUGCUCGACACCGGCAGUGACAUCGUUUGGCUACAGUGUGCUCCUUGUAAGAAUUGCUACUCUCAGACUGACCCUGUUUUCAACCCGGUUAAGUCUGGAUCCUUCGCCAAGGUCCUCUGCAGGACGCCGCUGUGCCGUCGGCUUGAAUCUCCGGGAUGCAACCAGCGUCAGACGUGUCUCUACCAAGUUUCUUACGGCGACGGUUCAUACACCACCGGCGAGUUCGUCACCGAAACCCUAACCUUCCGGCGGACUAAAGUGGAGCGCGUAGCCCUAGGUUGUGGCCACGAUAAUGAAGGCUUGUUCGUUGGUGCGGCUGGGCUUUUAGGUCUUGGCCGUGGAGGGUUGUCGUUUCCGUCGCAAACCGGUCGGACUUUCAAUCAGAAAUUCUCUUACUGUUUGGUGGACCGGUCCGCCUCUUCCAAACCGUCCUCCGUCGUCUUCGGUAACGCCGCUGUCUCUCGAACCGCCCGGUUCACUCCUCUCCUCACAAACCCUAGGUUGGAUACGUUUUACUACGUUGAACUGCUUGGAAUCAGCGUCGGAGGCACGCCCGUCUCCGGCAUCUCCGCUUCACAUUUCAAGCUCGAUCCGACCGGUAAUGGUGGAGUAAUCAUCGAUUGUGGUACUUCUGUUACUCGGUUGAACCGACCAGCGUACAUUGCUCUGCGCGAUGCCUUCCGUGCCGGAGCAUCGAGUUUGAAAUCGGCGCCGGAGUUUUCUCUUUUCGAUACUUGCUACGAUCUUUCCGGGAAGACGACGGUGAAGGUCCCGACGGUUGUGCUGCAUUUCAGAGGCGCUGAUGUAUCGUUACCGGCGUCCAAUUAUCUGAUCCCUGUCGACGGCAGCGGCCGAUUCUGCUUCGCCUUCGCCGGAACGACCAGUGGGCUAUCGAUUAUCGGCAACAUUCAGCAGCAAGGAUUUCGGGUGGUGUACGAUUUGGCGAGUUCUCGGGUCGGAUUUUCUCCUCGUGGUUGCGCCUAAUUUCAUCGGACCAACGUAAUGCGGUUGCCGGGAAAAUUCCUCCGCCGCCGUCUGUCCUAAAACCCUUCUUCCUUUUUUCAGACGUGAUAAUAAAAAAGAAAGAAAAAGAAAAAAGGUAGAAAGAAAAAGGAGUGCAUAAUAGACUCGAACGGUGUCGUUUAACUUUUACUAUUUUAAUUGACUUACUUUUUUCAUUCCAAUUAUCUCUUUUCCUUUGCUUAUUUAAUUAUAUUAUCUAUUUGGAGUGUCGGUUAUUUUA